UAUAAGUUGACAUGCCAAAUUGCCAAGCCAAUUUUAAAUCGUUGAAAAGUUUCUAAUUUUAAUGUAUAUUAUAUAAUUAAAAAUUAUUUUUACAUAACAGUAUUUAGUUUUUAUCUAUAUGCUUGCUACAAUUUUGCAAUAAAUUAAUUUUCAUCCGAAUUUAAAAGGUAAAGGAUCAAAGUCUUCAAAAUGAUUGAAAUCACUUGUAAUGAUAGAUUGGGGAAAAAAGUCAGAGUAAAAUGUAACCCUGAAGAUACAAUAGGUGAUUUAAAAAAAUUAAUCGCAGCUCAAACAGGAACAAAAUGGGAAAAGAUAAUUUUGAAGAAAUGGUACACAAUUUUCAAAGAUCAUAUUAGACUGGGAGAUUAUGAAAUUCAUGAUGGCAUGAACAUAGAACUUUAUUAUCAAUAAAUACAUAUAAUAGAAACUGACUGUCAAUUUUUUUUUUUUAAUGUAUAACAUAAUUUAACUAAUAAAGAUUACUUUUUAAAAUAA